AUGGUUGAAGUGAGGUACUCUAGCUGGCGGAUUGAACCAAAAUGUCUUGCCAGGACAGAUAGGCAAAGAGCGAAAAUUAGGGGAGCUGGAGAGGCAGCAAGAAGCAAGAAGCAGAAAUCUAAAACAUCUGCCGGAAUCGAAGAGAAAUUCUUGAGAGGAGAGAGGUCUGACUCUGAAGAUCCGGAAACCUCGGAGCAGCCCAGGAAAAGUGGAGGGUUGAAUGAGUUCAUGAAGAAUGUAAAGCAAAGGGCUAGUCAAGGUUGCAAUAUCAGUCGUGAAUUGGAAUGGGAAUGUAAGCCAAACAUGGGAGUAUCUCGUUGA